AUGAGCGCCCAGACCUUGUUCCGCGCCGGCGCCGCUUUGACCGCCACUGGCAUGUCGUUUGGCGCGUUUGGCGCCCACGCCCUCCGCGCGCGCUUCCCCGAGCUGCCCGAGAAGUCACACACGUCGUGGAUGACGGGCUCGAGCUACCUCAUUUUCAACGGCCUCGCACUGCUCGCCAUCUCGGCCCACCCGUCCGUUGCCCUCGGCGCGCGCAGGUACAAGACGGCUGCCGGCCUCAUUAUCGGCGGCGCCCUCACCUUCAGCGGCACAAUCUUUGGCCUCGUCCUCUGGCGCGACCAGGUCGCCAAGGUGUUCGGCCCGCUCACUCCCCUCGGCGGCUUGGCCAUGAUCUCUGGGUUGGUACACCACGCACAUGAAUAA